AGUAGGAUUCGGAGCCAUUCGGAGUAUCGAAGCAUCGGGCGGGGUUUUGUUCGCGCGAUGCGAUUGCGUCAUAAGAGAAAUCCACUCGUUUCACGAUUUUUUUCAUUCCGAGUUCUAUUCACUGUAUUCACCGUUGUGUUGUAUUGUUGACAAAAAUAUGUACAUGAACCAUUUAAGUGUAUGCAUUUAAACCGCCAUUUUGACUAGGUGUAAAAAUAUAUUAUAUUAUUAUUAUAUUACAACAAAUAUUAAAAAUGCCAGAGGAACAAAAAUCAACGAGUACCACUACUGGUAAUGUUACGGCAGCUGAAAAUGGAACAGGAGUUACUCAUUCACCGAGUAAAAGUCCAAUGAUAAGAGGUAAAAUGGCACUUGCUAAAAUUACACUCCUUGAUGGUACUACUAAAGAUUUUUCAAUAGAGAGAAAAGCAAAAGGACAUGAGCUUCUUGACAAAAUAUGUGCAAGUAUUAAUUUGAUUGAAAAGGAUUAUUUUGGUCUUAUUUAUGAAGACAAAUAUGAUCCAAGAAAUUGGCUUGACUUGGAAAGAAGAAUUACUAAAUUCAUAAAAAGUGAACCUUGGAAAUUCAAUUUUGAGGUGAAAUUUUAUCCACCAGACCCUGCUCAAUUGCAGGAAGAUAUUACUCGGUACCAAUUGUGUCUUCAAAUUAGAAAUGAUAUAAUAACAGGACGAUUAGCAUGUUCAUUUGUCACUCACGCUUUAUUAGGGUCUUAUUUAGUACAAUCAGAAGUGGGCGAUUAUGAUCCUCAAGAGCAUGGCAGAGAUUAUUUAAAAGAUUUUAAAUUUGCACCUAAUCAAACAUCUGAACUUGUUGAGAAAGUAAUGGACCUUCACAAAACACACAAGGGUCAAACACCUGCUGAAGCAGAAUUACAUUACUUAGAGAAUGCAAAAAAACUAGCAAUGUAUGGUGUUGAUCUACAUCCAGCAAAAGAUUCAGAAGGAGUAGAUAUAAUGCUCGGUGUUUGUUCUUCGGGACUUUUAGUUCACCGUGAUAGACUGAGAAUUAAUCGAUUUGCAUGGCCUAAAAUAUUAAAAAUUUCAUAUAAAAGGCAUAAUUUUUAUAUUAAAAUUCGGCCAGGAGAAUUUGAACAAUAUGAAUCAACGAUUGGUUUUAAAUUAGCAAAUCAUCGAGCUGCCAAAAAAUUAUGGAAAGUUUGCGUGGAACAUCAUACUUUCUUCAGACUGAUGAGUCCUGAGCCGGUGAAGAAGGUUGGAUUGUUACCACACUUAGGAUCACGAUUUCGUUAUUCUGGACGUACACAUUACGAAACUAAAAAAAUUCCUAUUGAAAGACAACCUCCACAAUUUGAAAGAUCACUGAGCGGUCGUCGUUUAACGUCUCGCAGUAUGGACGCUUUAGGUGGGUCACAAACUGUUGAAACUUAUGGCUCAGAACCAAGUAAACGUCAUACAAUGAGUUAUGAACCUGAAAUGAUACCAGAUAUGGAACACAUCGAUCAAAGGCCUAGUCCAAUAAAAAAACAAAAAGAUAAGCUUACUCGAAAAACAAGUAUUGGAACAACAUCGGCUAGCAGUGCCAGUAGCCUGGAAGGAGAAUAUGACGCGGAACGCGCCGAAAAGAAACCGGUCGGAGGUAUUGCGGUAUUACCGCCUGCCGGUGGUGAACUUACCAGUAAGAAGAAAAAGGAUAAACAGAAUGAAAAUGAAAAAGAAAAUUACAAUGAUCUUAAUAAAUCAGAAUUGAUAAAUGAUAGCACGUCUGGCGAUAAUAAAAAAUUAAAGGAGAAAGCAAGUCCAGAAAAGCGUGACAAAAAGGAGAAAAUAAAGAUUCCUGUCGGUGGAUUUCUCUUUGGUAAACGAGAUAAAGAUUCAAAUAAAACACAAAAACAAACUAAAAAUAAUAAAGAAGUUGAUGAAUCUAUUGGUGAUGCUGAUUCAAAUAUUUCUGUAUCAUCAAGACAACCACAACCUAUUGAACCAAUAAAAGAAGUAACAUCUGGAAAAAAAUCACCAGCUUAUACAAAGACUUAUGAUUAUGAAGAAACGCCAUCGUCACCAAGUAAAAAAAAAUCAUACGUACCUCAUGGUUUUUCAUAUGAAGAUAGAGCAGCUUCACCAGAAAGUAAUAAUCAACAAUUACUUCCUGGAGAAAGUAAAAAAGCUACUGGAUUAGCGUUUAAUUAUGCUCCGGGUGAGGAUAAAAAAGUUGUUGAGUCAGCGGCUGAAAAACGUAAAACCAAAGAUAUUUCACCGAAUAAAAUAACAUCAACACCACCACCACCACCACCACCACCACUACUUCAACAAACUCAACAACCUCAACAACCGACUACAGGUUUGAGAACUCCAGGGAUUAAUUAUGUUGAAUCUGCAGGAUUAAAAGAACAACAACAACAAAAACAAGAAUCAAUACCAAGUUUAAAUGAUAAAACUGGAUCAGCAGCACUUAUUGCUAAAGAACAAUAUGGUAAUUUAACAUCAUCUGUUAAUCCCGAUAUAAUUAUACCCAAAAAUGUAGAUUCACAAAAAGAAUAUUUAAUAUUACCAUUACCAGAAGGUACUAAUUUUAUUGGAGGUAUGAUUUACGUAAAAGAUAAACUUUAUGAUCAAAAUUCAUUGGGGCCUGAAUUUAAUAAAAUAUUACAAGGUAAAUUAUAUGGAAAAGAUGAUAAAUUAAUAAAAAAAAGUGAUUUUGGUCCACAAGGUUCAUACAUUGUUAACGGUAUUAUUACUGGUAAAGAUGGAAAACCAUUAAAUCAAAAAAUUCCUAGUGCAGAUAGUAGUAAUAAUAACUAUUAUUUAAAUAAUGGAAUUAUUUAUUGUGAAAGUGGUAUUAAAAAUAAUGGUGAACCACAACCACUUAAUAAUUAUUAUUUAGGUCCUAAAAAUUGUUUAAUUAAAGAAGGUAAAGUUAUUGGUAAAAAUGGUAAAACAGUAACGAUAGAUAAUAUAGGAGGAUCAAAUGGUGGAUCAAUAAAAGAUGGUUUAAUAUUUAGUGAUGAUGGUAAACCACUUACUCGUGGUUCUUACGGAACAGAUGGUAAUUAUAUUGUUGGUGGAAUAGUAUGUUCACCUAAUGGAAAAGUUAUUAAUCAAAUAGCCAUUCUUCCGGAUUCAACUUAUAUAUCUGAUGGUUUAAUUUAUGGUCGUGAUGGUAAACUUUUGUCUAGUGGAGAUCUUGGACGUGAAGGUAAUUACAUUACUGAAGGUAAAGUUUACGCCAAGGAUGGUAAACCUGUUAAAAAUGAAAUAUUUAGUUCUGAUGGUUCUAUUAUUAAAGAUGGAAUUGUUUAUACUAAAGAUGGAAAAUUAUUAAAUCAAGCAUCUUUACUACCCAGUGGUGCUUAUUUAAAAGACGGCAAAGUUAUUUAUAAAGAUGGUAAAUCAAUAAAACAUUCAUUUUAUAAAACAGAUGGUAGUUUUGUCAAGGAUGGAAUUAUUUAUGCUAAAGAUGGUAAACCUUUAAAUCAAAUUCCAUAUUUAAUUGACGGUCAUUUUAUUAAACAAGGUUUAAUUUAUGAUAAAAAUGGAUUACUUUUAAAUCAAAAUCUUUUUAAACCUGAUGAUACGAUUAUUCGUGAAGGAAUUAUUUAUGGAACAGAUGGUAAAUUAUUAAAUAACGGUUAUUUAGGAGCUCCUAAUAAUAUUAAUAAUGAUUGUUUUAUUAUUAAAAAUGGUAAUAUUGUUGAUAAUAAAGAUGGUAAUUUAAUAAAACAAGAAUUAUUUCAAGGAUCUAAUGCUAUUCAAAUAAAAAAAGGUAUUAUAAUGGGAAAAAAUAAUAAACCAUUAAAUCAAGAUUCAUUAAUACCAGAAGGUGCAUUCAUAAAACAAGGUAAAAUUUAUAAUCGUGAUGGUAAAUUAAUAAAAUUAUCAUUCUUUAAACCAGAUGGUAGUUUCAUUAAAGAUGGAUUAAUAUAUGGUAAAGAUGGUAAAUUAUUAAAUUUAAGUUCAUCAAUACCUGAUGAUUGUUUUAUUUCUAAUGGAGUUAUUUUUGAUGAUAUGGGAAUUCCACUUGAUAAAAAUCCAUUUGGAUCGGAUGGUUCAUAUGUUGUUUCUGGUUUAAUUUAUGAUAAACACGGUAAUGUUGUUAAAAAUGGAAUAUUUGGUUCACGUGGGCAUAAAAUUAAUAAUGGUAUAAUUAUUGAUAAAAAUGGUAAACCACUAACAGAAACCACUAAUAAUGAUCUAGCCAUAAUUGAUGGUAAAAUAGUUGAUAAAGAUGGUAAUCCUAAAAAUCAAGGAUCAUUAUUACCAGACAAUGGAUGUUAUAUUAAACAAGGAAUUGUAUAUGAUAAAAAUGAUGAUCCACUUAAAAUUGGUGUAUUUAAAACUGAUGGUACCUAUAUAUUAGAUGGAUUAUUACAUAAUUUUGGUGGUGGAUUAUUUAAUGCUGGCAGUAAAUUACCUGAUGGAUAUUACGUUAAAGAAGGUAGACUUUAUGGUAAAGAUUCUAAACCAUUAAAUCACAGUUCAUUUGGACAUGAUGGUUGUUUUAUAGAAAAUGGUUUUAUUUAUGAUAAAGAUAUGAAACCAUUGAGUCGUGGUACUUUUGGUAAUGACGAUAGUUAUAUUCAAAAUGGUUCAAUAUUUGGAUCUAAUGGUAAACCAUUAAAUAAAAAACAAACAACUACUAUUAAAAUAAAUUAUGUACGAUAUGGUUUAGUAUACGGUAAUGAUAAUAAACCUAUUUUAUCACAAUCAUUUGAUGAUUAUGGUAAUACUAUUAAAAAUGGUAAAAUUUAUGAUAAUAAUGGUAAAUCAUUAAAUAAAAAUUCAUAUAUUAUCAAUAAUCAACAGUUAAAAAUUAAAGAUGGUUUAAUUUAUGAUAUUAUAAAUAAUAAACCAUUUAAUUAUGGAGCAUUACCAGUUGAAAAUUGUUUUAUUAAAAAUGGACGAGUUUUUAAUAAAGAUGGAGAACCGUUAACUCAAGAAUCAUUUGGCCCCGAGGGAUUAAAAGUUAAAGAGGGUGUUAUUAUCGACAAAACUGGUAGACCUAUUAAACAUACUGAAUUUGAUUCUGAUGGUAAUUUUGUAAAAGAUGGACUUAUUUAUAAUAAUAAUAAUGGAAAAUUACUUGAAAAAACUUAUACUUAUAUAACAAUAACGAUGAUAAAUAAAGGUUUAAUUUGUGAUCCCAGUGGUAAACCAAUAACAGAAAGUCCAUUUGGUAAUGACGGUAGUUAUAUUAAUAAUGGUAAAAUUUAUCAAUUAAAUGGUAAACUUUAUAAUAAAGAUGUAUUUGGACAAGACAAUGGAUUUAUUAAAGAUGGAAUUAUUUAUGAUAAAUCUGGUCAACCAAUGGAGUAUAAUUAUCAAUCAAAAACUAAAAAUAUUUCUCCUCAUCAAACUACUACUACUACUACUACAACUCCUUUGAAAAUAAAAAAAACUCCCGUACCAGUUAGUACACCUACUAUUGUUAAAACUACAACUAAACAAUCUGUAAUAAAAGAUCAAGAAGGAUUAAUCCAAAAUAUUGAAGAAAAAAUUGAAGAUCUUACUCCCGGAGGUACAGGACAAAUAACAGUAAAUACACAAGUUAAUAAGGCUGAAACUCAGGAUGAUGGUAGAGCUCCAUAUAUGACAGCAACAGCUGUCACUACUCGUACUGCUACUAUGCAUGAAGAUCUUGAAAAAAAUCAGAAAACCAGUCAGGUUGAAGAGAAAACAGUAGCACACACCACAGCGACUAGCGCUACUAGACAAGAACAACGAGUUGUUACUCAAGAAGUUAGAACUACAAGUCAUGUGCUUUCCGGAGAACAGCUCUUCUCACGACGAUUGAGUACGUCCAGUUCAAGCAGCGGUGAUUCGGGCACACCUAUUGACAUUGAUGAUGACCAACGUGCAUUCUACAAUCAGUAUUACCAGGGAGAUUCAGCAGGAAUAGUGGCAACAGAAACGCAUGUAUUUUCGGGUGAACCAGACAGCAAUGUUAUUGCAACUAGUACUGUACCAUUGGUUGCAACUGAAACAAGAAAAGUGGCAUUGGAAAAUGAAGACGGCAGUUACAGUGCUACAGGUGAAAUAGUUAGUUCUCAAACUAUUUCUAGUAAAACUCGAACUGUAGAAACAAUUACGUAUAAAACCGAACGAGAUGGAGUAGUUGAAACUCGAGUAGAACAAAAAAUAACUAUUCAAUCGGAUGGUGAUCCAAUUGACCAUGACAGAGCACUCGCUGAAGCUAUACAAGAAGCAACAGAAAUGAAUCCUGAUAUGACAGUUGAGAAAAUUGAAAUUCAACAACAAACAACUCAAUAGUAAUAAUAAUAGUAAUAUAAAGAUUAUUAAUACUACUAAUAUUAAUAUAAUCAUAUUAUAUAAGAAAAGAAAGAAAGAAAAUAACAGGUCUUUUCAAUGAAUUAAUUCAAAAUUUUAUAAUACUAAUUGAAUUAAACUUUGUAUUUUAUAUCAUUAUAAUUAUUAAGUGUAUGAUUGAAUCUUACGCUUAUUUGUACAGCGCUUAAAUACAAUUUAACAGUACAGGGUGAGUUUUAAAAAGUUAUAAAAUUCAUUUUAAAAUACUUUCAGACUUUGCUAUUCGUGUUAUAAUGGUGUACGGUAAACGCUUAACACGUAAUUAUAUGAUAUAAAUUAGUCAUAGUAUUGAUAAUAAUAACAAUUAUCAUGAUUAAUCUUAUCAAUUUUUUUAAAGAACAAAUACAAAUACAAAAAAAAUAAACAAUUUCCACUUAAAUUAACAGUAGAUCUGAAUCAUUUUUUAUUUGAAACUACUUAAAAAAAUGAAUUUUAUGAUGAUGAUAAUAAUAAUUAAUGCUAGCUUAACUUUAAUAAGCAUAAUAAAUAUGUUAUAACCAUAUGGCCAACGUAUUUUAACAAUAUUACAAUUUAACAAAGUAUGUUUCAAUAACAAAAAGUGAUGAUAAAAUGUAACAUGUUACAGCUAUAUUUGUAUAGUAUGAUUUAUGAUAUUGAUUAUUUUUAUUUUAAAUAUAUAAAUCGAAAUAUAUAUUAUAAAGAAUAAAGAAUGAUAAUAAUACAACAAGUAUUAUAUAAAAAUGUAAAUGCCGACAUAUUAUAUCUUACAUUAAAACAGAACCACGUCUGUUUGCUUAAAAAUCAUACUGGUUCAAGUACUGAAUAUUUUCAACAAUGAUACUAAUAAUAAUAAUAAUAAUAGCUGGUAUUAUUAUUAUUAUUUUUCUCAUCAAUUAUGUAACCAAGAGCUGUAAGAUGCAUUUGGUCAGCAGCGUAUAUGUCUAAAUCUAGCGUAGCUUGUAUAAUCAUAAAAAUUUAUGUCUAAAGUGUAUCAACUUUUUACUUAAAUUAUAUUCUAUUCUGAACUUCCUCUCCUUUAUGAUAAAUUGAAAAUAAAUAAGGAAUUUUAUCCUUGAUAUGCGAUGAUAAUUUUAUACUCAGUAAUGGUGGAAUGAAAUAAAUUAAAUGAAUUAAGUCUUACCAUAUCUGCGUUCUUCAAUUUGGGAAAAGAAAA